AUGCCACCGAGGCGACCUACAGUGAACCUAGAAAUUGACUUGCCGUUUGUACGACAAAUAAUGGAUUUGUUCCUCAACAACCGGAUGAACGAGGCCGAAGAAGACUGCCGGACGCAAAGCGAGGCCACUUCUGAUUCAAGGCUCUACGUUCAAACUGCAUCUGCACUCAUGCAGUCGAUGACAGCACUCAUGAGCUUUGAAGAUGGUGACAUCACAGGCGCUCAGGCUAUAGUCCAGCGCACAUUAAAUCUUGCUGACCAGGGCAGGCUUUCACUCACCUGGUCCUCUCGCAUUUCAAGCUUUCCGUUUGAUGCUGCCAUUGCUAAUGCUCGGCGCAUGACCAUCGAUCAACUACACACCGAAUUGAUCUACGCCGAGUCUUUACUCCAGAAAGCAAUUAUGGGAUUCGUAUCUUCCGGAGAUUGGAUGUCUUUUUUGAGAGAGGCAUUGAACAUACGCUCAGUAGUUGCGAUAUAUCGCACCCUGCACUCAUUCCUUGAAGAGUUUGAUGAACAAAUCCAAGCAAAAAAGAAACCCAAGUCUGCAGUUGAUCAAAUAGACGCUGACUUUAGAUCGGGCGUUUACCUUGGUAUGGGAAUGUGCCUCCUAGUAUUCAGUUUGAUUCCAAGUCGGGUCGUAGUCUUUGCGGAUCUCCUGGGUUAUAAAGGCGACAGGGUCGAGGCUCUGAAGCUCCUUCGCAAAGCAGGUGGUUGGGGGAACGCCGAAGGGAGGGCUGACCGUAAUCAGCAUACACCAAAGAUCUCAAAAGAGGACGGAGGGGUGCGAAGGCCAUUGUGUGACCUUGUCUUGGUUGUAUUCCACCUUGUGAUGUCUGGUUUCACUCGAGAGGGUGUAGACGUCCAUGAGGCUGAGAGGAUCGUGACUUGGAAUCUUCAGUAUUAUUCACAGAGUAUAUUUUUUCUCUACGGGAAAGGGAGAUUGCAUGUAACUCGCUCGCGACCCGACCUUGCGAUACCAAUAUACGAAAACGCCAAGGUAAAAAUUAAUGGCCAGAAGGGGUAUGAACAACUAGGAUCAGUCAUGCUAUGGGAAAUGGCACUUUGCAAUCUAUCACUCGGAAGGUGGAAGGAAAGUGCAGCAUGCUGGAAGGAGAUGAGAGAGACUGCCAAAUGGAGCAAGGCUGUCUACUCAUAUGGAAGAGCCGCUUGCCUUUUGCAGGCAGGGAACCUUACUCAAGAGGAACAGAAGGAGGUGGACUUACUGAUGAGCGAAGUUCCUGGAUUGCGGCAAAGGAUCGCUGGAAAGUCGAUUCCCCUGGAGAAAUACGUAGCAAGGAAGGCAGCACGAUACAUCUCCGAACGGACAUUAGUUGCCCCCGCAAUUGAGCUGGCAUAUAUGCUCCAAGCUACGUACAAGACCACGGAGAAAGCCUUGAGGAACCAUGUUGAUACUCUCAAAAAUCUUCGCGAUUCUUCGCUACCUAACGAAGAUGACAAGCAAAUGGUUGACCUACUACUCGCCGUCCAUCUUCGCCUUUUGGAAUAUCCUCAGUCAGAGGACAUCGAUAGCCCAGAGGAGAAGUUGCGACAUACCCGAGUAGAUGAUCCAACCGCGAACGAAGUUGAAAUUUUCCCGCUACUUCAUGCUGCGAAAGAUUCCGGCACAAGACUCCAACAGGAACAUUGGGUUGCUUAUUUUGCACACUAUGAACUUGGACGAUACUACGAAGAACGGGGAGAUUAUGUGGAAGCUCGCAAAAACUUCUCCGUCGUUGCAUCAGGAUCUUCACUUGAAGGAUCAUCCAAUGCGCGCAGGGGAAAGUAUAGUUUGCAGAAUGCAAUUCAACUCCGAGCCAGUGCCUCUAUUGGUACUCUGCCCAUUCCCCGUGGCCGAUCCAACUCGUCAUCUUUUGUGCCAGGAGCAUUCAAGUCUGCUUAG